GUCGGAAGUUGCCCCCUUUGCGUCGAUCAGGCCUUGACGUUUGGCUUCUUCCAUCGUUAUAAGACAGUUCUUCUACAGACCAAAACAGUUUGAGAUCAAUCAACUAAAGUACUACCGAGAUACUGUUUCCUGAUACCAAUCGACUUCCAUCACAAAGAUCCUGAUCAAUCCUACCACAAUGGCUACCGUCGUUCACGUCAAGGGUAUUUCCCAUGAUACCAGCGAGAAAGAAGUAAAAGACUUCUUCAGCUUCUGCGGCAAAAUCACCAACAUUUCCGUCACUCCCGAAUCCGACUCCCCAGACUCAUCAAAGUCCGCUACUGUGACUUUCGAGAAGGAAACUGCCGCUAAGACCGCUCUCCUCCUCGACAACACUCAGCUGGGAAAAUCUCAAGUCCACGUCUCGACGGCCGGCACCAUCGACGACUUGGCCUCCAAAGCAGGCGCGGCCGUCUCAUCCUCCCUCCCUGAUGACCACAUUGCGCAGGAAGACAAGCCUCGCACAAGAAUCGUCGCUGAAUACCUCGCUCAUGGCUAUACACUGUCAGACAAUGUCAUCAACCAGGCAAUCACUAUGGACAAGAAGCAUGGAAUCAGCUCAAGAUUCACAAAUGCUCUAUCAAGCUUCGAUGAGAAAUACAAGGCGACCGACAAGGCGAAGUCUGUUGACAGCAAGUAUGGUCUCACUGAUCGGGCUAUGACUGCUUUGGGUGGUUUCAACUCAUAUUUCGAGAAAGCUAUGGACACCCCUACUGGCCAAAGAGUUCGACAAUACUACGUUGCGGGUGACAAGCAAGUCAGAGAUGUCCACAACGAAGCCAGACGGUUGGCGGAUCUCAAGACUGGCAAGGCCAACGAGCCCGAGCAACUCCCGGGCACUGACAAGACUGUAUGCAAGUGCGGUGGAUCCGAGGGGGUGUGUGGCUGCGCACCAGGUCACUGCAAUUGUGCCAAUUGUGCAAAGAGUGAUGUCGGUUCCAUCCAACCAGAGCCAGUCAAGGGUACCGACAAGACUGUCUGCGAAUGCGGAGGUUCAGAAGGUUCCUGCCCAUGCCCGGCGGGUCACUGCGCUUGUGCCAGCUGCGGAAAGAGCAAUUCUGCUGCGACCACAGAGGCAAAGGAGGCUGCUCAAGCCAGCGGGCAACAGUUGCCAGUCGGUAGCGUCUAAGCUUGCGCAGACCAUGAUUUUAUUACAAGAAUGACUCUGUUUGUCUGGGAAACGGGAUACGAAGGAGCGGACUUGCACCAAAGCAGCAGCGACUAUGAGCAUGAGCAUGAGCAUGAACACCUGUUAAAUUAGUUUACAGCGAAUGAAAAAGGUUUUAUGAACUUCGG